AAUGCAAAAACACAGAAUUACAAAAAUAUUUAUUUUAAAGGAAGAAGCCCAACUUCGUUUGGAAGAUAAAAUAAAGUUUAGAAGAAAACAACGUUUGUUAAAGUUGCGCAAUAAAACAACAAAACCUUUAAAUUUAAAUAUUCUUCAGAAUCCAUUUCAAUUAAUUUUAUUAAUUUCCAUAAUUAUUUAUUUUUUAAUUCUUUUAUUUUCUUUAUUUUAUGAUUUUGAAAAAGAAAAUGGAAUAAUUACUGAAUUUAAUAUGUAA